CCCUCUCCCUCUCCCUCUUCGUCUUCGUCCCCACUCCUCUCUCUCUCUCUCUCUCUCUCUCUCUCUAUCUAUCUCCAUUACCACGACCUCAUCAUCCUCGGAGUGCUACGCGUGGGCAUUGGUUGGGGUGGAUCGCGAUGUUUAGGCUCAGCAACAACCUCAUCGGGGUGCUCAACCUCCUCACCUUCCUCCUCUCCGUGCCCGUGCUCGGCGGCGGCGUGUGGCUCGCCACCCGCGGCGGCGGGUCCGGCACCGAGUGCGAGCGCUUCCUCACGGUGCCGCUCAUCGUCCUCGGCGCCUUCCUCAUGCUCGUCUCCCUCGCCGGCCUCGUCGGCGCCUGCUGCAGGGCCUCCCUCCUCCUCUGGCUCUACCUUGUCGCCAUGUUCCUCCUCAUCCUCCUCCUCUUCGCCUUCACCCUCUUCGCCUUCCUCGUCACCAACAAGGGCGCCGGCGAGGCCGUCUCCAACCGCGGGUUCAAGGAGUACCGCCUCGGCGACUACUCCCACUGGCUCCAGAAGCGCGUCGACAACUCCAAGAACUGGGCCAAGAUCCGGAGCUGCUUGCAGGACUCUAAGAUUUGCGAGCGGCUCCAGCAGGGCAACGAGACCUUCGAUCAGUUCAUCAGGGACAAUCUCUCCCCGAUUCAGUCUGGAUGCUGCAAACCGCCCACCGAAUGCGACUUCACCUAUGUGAGUCCAACUGUGUGGACCGUGAACUCCACGACAUUGACCUCGACCAACAACACCGACUGCUCGGCGUGGAACAACGACCCGUCGACCCUCUGCUAUGGCUGCCAGUCCUGCAAGGCCGGCGUGCUCGCCAACAUCAAGAAGGACUGGAAGAAGGUCGCCAUCAUAAAUAUUGUCGUCCUCGUCUUCCUCAUCAUGGUCUACUCGGUCGGAUGCUGCGCAUUCCGGAACAUUCGGCGCGACAAUGCGUACGGCUACGGUGGAUGGAAAGGAAGAUAUCCUUAGAGGACUUCCUUCUCGCCUCCUAUGUCAGUGGAUUUACUAGUAUUGUUUUCUUUUUCUGUUAUGUUUCUUCUGUAACUUUUGUACAUCGCAGAUGGUAUUGAUUUGUCGUUUACGUGCUAGCUUUAGUACAUAUCUAGCUGUUGUAUCCAUGUUGUUUUCCGUGGCUCAUUUGUUGUAUUAGUUGCUUUCACUGUAUUCAUUAGAGCUAAUGUAGGACUUGGUAUUGUAUAAAGUUGUCGGCGGGCUUCUGUUCUGUUCUUUUCUUUCCUUAUUCUUGUGGCUUUGUUGUA